AUGUCGACUCAAAGGGCCCUGGUCGUUCCUGCCGAAGGGCAGCCUUUCAAGUUCGUCAGCGACUGGCCCAUUCCCAAGCCCGGUCCCAAGGACGUCCUAGUCAAGCUCGUCUCCAUCGCACUCAACCCCGCCGACUGGCGCCUGGAACUCGGGGGCUCGGGCAUUUUCAAGGAUUAUCCUAUCGCCGGCGGCCUGGAUGGUUCAGGCGUCAUCGAGGAGGUCGGAUCCGAGGUGACGCACCUCGCCAAGGGUGACAAGGUUCUAUUUGAAGGAUGGUUCGUCCCAGGGCGCGGGACGUUCCAAGAGUAUGCACUCAGCCCCGCUGCUUAUGUCGCGAAGAUCCCCGACAACAUCUCCUUUGACCGGGCUGCGACUGUUCCAAUGUGCCUCGCCAUAGUCUUCUCCAGUACCUGGGCACACGAGGAUGGCGCAAGGUCCGCGAGAUUGACGCCUCCUUGGGAGGAAGGCGGUAAGACCAAGUACGCCGGAGACGUCGCCUUCAUUGUUGGCGGUUCGUCUUCUGUAGGCCAAUACGGGCGCACGCCUGCAAGGGUCCGCACCUUCGCCGCGGGCAAGCCGAUCACUUACGUCUACGAUGCUAUUGGUGAGCGAGAUGGUCAGCGGCUCAGCUACGAGCUCUUGGCGGAUGGCGGUGCAUUUGUCACCGUCCAACUGUUCUUCCACGAAUACCUUGAGGACUUGGUUACGGAAAGCAAGCCUGUCAUCCGCGCGUUAGGCUCGUUUGAACUACCUGGGCAUGGGAAGCUCGGAUUGGAGGUGUACAGUCGCCUGUCCGAGUGGCUCGCUACGGGUGUUAUCGUGCCAAAUAGGGCGGAGGUUGUGCCAGGCGGUUUCGCUGGAAUUCCAGGAGGUUUGGAGAGGCUGCGGAAGGGCGAAGUCAGCGGUGUCAAAUUGGUCGUACAUGCCGCCGAAACUCCAUAA